AUGCCGGGGCUCAUAAGAUUUCCAACACACACAGUGCCUACAGCCUCAACCACCGACCUUGCCCCCGAACUCAUCAGCCAGGUCUUUCGUUCUAUCGAAGACUUUCCCUCCGCGAAAAACCUCAGCAAAACAUCUCACAAGUUCCAAGCGGUUUGGCAACAAGACAUAGACCAGGUUUCCUACGCCAUCAUUCAACAAAGCAUCGAAUGUACCCAUCAAGUCUACGAAUAUCUCUCCGCCUCCAUUGAAGUCAGAGAGACCAUUCUUCGCGGCGACAAGCGCGACACUGCCAUUGCAAGAACCCGGGCCAUCAUAGACAGGGUAAGCAACGCGGACGAAGCCCUGUCAAUUUUUGUAAAAUUCGUCUCCGGCCAAUCCUCAGCAGAGGCCGCCAUCACUCCCACUACACGACGUGACUUCAUCAAGGCAUACCACCGAAUCUGGACAUUAGCUACGUUAGUACCUCGAUCAACGCCCUACAAGAUGAUCAUGUCAAUGGACGCGCUCGAGCUAGUGCAGUUGGAGGAAGUGCUCAACUGGACGAUGAUGAGCACCAACGACUUCGAUAGAGCCGAGCUAGGCUACAGCUACAACUUUCGAGACUUCUUCACCCCAGCAGACUACUCGGAGGCCGCCUUCUAUACGUGGAACCACGUCCAUGCGAGGGUCUUAAACGUCAUAGGCAAAUUUACGCUUUUGAUAGACGGUGCGAUCUUUCAGGCGCUUUCGGGAGAGAAGGGCCCGGAGUCCUGUAACGCCCUGAUGUAUGAUACCUAG